AUGGCCAUCUUUGGAAAGAAAAAGUCCGACAAGGACAAGGCCGCCGCCGGCGGCCCCACGUCGGCCGACAGCAUCUCGUCCCUCUCGCCCUCGCUCGAAGGAUCAGCAGGAAAGGCAGCCGGCGCCCAGGCCCUCAGGGAAGGCUCAAAGAUCCCAGGACCCUCGUCGAGCAGCUCGCACACCAUGGGCAACAAGGGCUCCAUCUCUGGUGCCGGCAGCGCUGGCGUAGGAAGCGGAUUCGGCACUCCUGGCGGCGGACCACCAUCCGCAGCGGCAGCAGCAGCACAGCAGCAACAGCAGCAACAGCAGCACCAGCAACAACAGCAACCACCACAGCAGCAGCAGCAGCCACCCUCGCAGAUCCCAGGCCCUCCCGGCGCCGCCUCUGGGUUCAAGUUCGGUGGGCAGCCUCCCGGCCCGCGUCCAGAUAUGGGCAUGGCCAACGGCUCAGGCAUCCCGCCGCCCUCGUCGGGACCUGGGCGCUUGCGCCAGGUGAGCAACGACAGCUCCGCCGGACCCCACGGCUACGGCAUGGCCGGCAUGGGCUCGGGCGGCAUCGGUUCUGGCCCUCAGGGCCCGGGCGGCUCCAUCUCUGGCCUGCCACCUUCGUCGUCUGGGCCCGGGCUGCCGCUCUCGGCCAGCGCCAACUCGGUGCCCGCCGGCGCCAGCGGGCCAGGCACCUCGUCGAUCCCCAUGGGCCCUGGGUCAGCCGGCACCGACAAGGUGCGCUCACAGCAGGUCGUCUACCCGUGGAGCCAGCGAGGCAUCGUCAUGAACCCGCCCCGCUUCCUCGACGAGACCAGGCAGGCGCCGCCGGGCGCCCUCAGCCCGUUCCCCUUCCCGCGCUACGGCCACGCCGCUAACCAGACGGCCAGCCCCAACGGCGAGAUCUACCUGUUUGGCGGCCUCGUGCGCGAGAGCGUCAAAAACGACCUCUACACCGUCUACGUCGACCGGCUGGCCAGCAGCCCGCCGAACCCGAGCUCGCCUCCCGGCGGUGCCGGCGGCGCCAUCCAGCCGCAGCACCAGCUCUAUGCCAGCGCCACGUUGGUCCAGACGACGGGCGAGAUCCCACCUCCCCGCGUCGGCCACGCCACGGUGCUGGUGUCCAACGUGCUCAUCCUCUGGGGUGGCGACACAAAGGUGCGCGCCGACGACAAGCAGGACGAGGGCCUCUACCUGCUCAACCUCAGCACGCGCGAGUGGACGCGCGUCAAGGCGGCCUCGGACGGCCCGGACUCGGCGCCCGUCGGCCGGUACGGCCACACGGUCUGGAUCAUUGGCUCCAAGUUCUACGUGUUUGGCGGCCAGGUCGACGGCGCCUUCCUCAACGACUUUUGGAGCUUUGACCUCAACAGCCUCAAGGGCACGCCGACGUGGGAGCGCAUCACGCCCAACUCGGAGCUGCCGCCCAAGCGGACGGGCCACGUCAGCGUCACCUACAAGGACCGGGUGUACAUCUUUGGCGGCACCGACGGCCAGUAUCACUACAACGACACCUGGUGCUACGACGUGCCCUCCAACACCUGGAAGGAGCUCUCGUGCAUCGGCUACAUCCCCGUGCCGCGCGAGGGCCACGCCACCUGCCUCGUCGACGACGUCAUGUACAUCUUUGGCGGCCGCGGCGUCGACGGCAAGGACCUCGGCGACCUGGCCAGCUUCAAGAUCUCCAACCAGCGCUGGUACAUGUUUGCCAACAUGGGGCCCUCGCCGACGGGCCGGUCGGGCCACGCGCUGGCCGCCUACCAGAACAAGGUCGUCGUGCUCGGCGGCGAGAGCUUCAACGCCGGCGUCAAGCCCGACGACCCCUCGAUGAUCCACGUCCUCGAUACGGCCAAGAUCAAGUACCCGCCCGACAACCCGUCGCAGCGCUCCGGCUCGGGCUCCGGCUCCAAUGGCCGCAACCCGGGCAGCGCAGGGUCGCACCAUCUCCAGCAGAGGCAGGCGCAGCCCAUGGUCUUGCCGCAACAGCAGCAGCCGUACGCGCAGCAGCAGCAGCAAGGCGGGCCGCAGUCGCCGCCCUACCACGCGCAGAACAUCAUGUCGAUGGCACAAGCAGGUGCUAUGCAGUCCGCCGGCGAGCAGCAGCCCACUCGCGCGAUGUCGCCGUCGUCCAAUGCGCUGCGCGAUCCGCGCGCGGCCCCCCUGCCUGGCGCUUCCCAGCAGGGCCAGCCGAGCUUCGGGCAGAUGGGCGGCCCACAGCAGCAGCAGCCGCAGCAGCAGCAGCCGUACCAGCAUGGCUUACAACAGCCGCAGCCGGAUGGCCCUGCGCCCUAUGGCGGGCCGCGAAGCCAGCGUUCCAUCGAAAACAUGCGCGGCGGCGCGCCGUCGCCCAACUCGGUCGCGCCCGCGUCGGCGAUGCGCAACAUCGACGGCGUCCUGGGCCGCAACGACAGCCCAGCAACGACGCCCCAGGAUGCCUUCCACUACGGCCGCAACGGCACGCCGCCGAGCGCCAACUCGGCCGCCAACGGCUACCACCCGGCGUCUCGGUCCGCCAACGCCGAGCUCGAGGCGAUGCGGAGGCGCGAGGCGUGGCUCAAGGCGGCGCUCGCCAUGGCCGCCAAAAAGGGCUUUGUCGAGCCCGAGCAGCUGCAGAUGCCGGACGGAACCAGCGUCGAGGGUCGCAGCGACACGCCGGAUCGUGUCAGCCUCGACGGUUUCGACACGGGCCCCGAGGGCAGCGAAAAGGACCGCAUCUUCAAGGCGCUCGUCUCGCUCAAGACGCAGCUCGCCAGCGCCAAGUCGACCAUCGCGCAGCAGGCGCAGGGCGAGGCGGAUCGGAUGGCCGAGUCGGAGCGUGCGCGUUCCGCCGCGCUCCAGGAGGCCGCCUACUACCGGGCCAAGCUGGCCGCCCUCGAGUCUGGCAACGUCGCAGAGGUGUCGCGCCUCGACAGGGAGCGGGCGGCCAAGUUUGAAAAGUCGCUCGCAGAGGCGCUGCGCGAGAGCGCGCAGCUCGAGAGGCAGGUGUCGAGCCUGCGCGAGCAGGCCAAGCUCGAGCAGCAGCUGCGCAACUCGGCCGAGGAGCGCCUCUCGGAGACGGCCAAGCGGGCCAUGGCGGCAGAGGCGGCCCAGAUGAAGGCCUACGACGAGCUCUCGGCGCUGCAGAAGCGAAGCCACGCCUCGGAGAGCUCGCUGCGCGACUAUGCCGAGCAGGUGGCCACGCUCUCGUCGAUCGCCGCGCGCCACCGUGCCGACCACGAGCACGCUCGAUCGCAGCUCGACUCGCACAAGACGAGCGUCGACACCCACCACGCCGAGCAGCGGGGCCUGGCGCAGCAGCACGCCGCCACCAUUGCCGAGCUACAGGCGCAGCUCGAGGCCAAGGCGCAGGAGGCCUACGCCCACUCUUCUCGCUCGGCCGAGCUCGAGACGCUCCUGUCCCAGCACCGGCACGAGGCCGAGACGCACCGCGCCGCGGCCUCUGGCGGUCUCGCGGCCCUGCUGGCGCAGCAGCAGCAGCAGCAACAGCAGCUCAACGCUUCCCGCGACCUCGGCAGCGGCGCGGACGGCGUUCCGUCCCACGUCGAGGACAAGAUGCGCGCGCUCGAGGAAGAGGCCGAGUCGCUGCGCGAGCUGCACGGCCAGGCCAGGCAGGCGGCCGACUCGCACUCGGCGGCGCUCCAGGAGAUGCGGGAGCGCAACCUGGCCCUGGAAAAGCAGCACGCCGCGCUGCGCACCGAGCUGAGCGCGAUGCGCAGCCAGCUGACCGUGGCGCUGCAGGAGGUGGCGCGGCUCAAGGACACGGCCGGCUCCAAGGACAUUGAGCUGCGCGACCGCAGCCGCGCCGUCGAGGCCGCCCAGGUCAAGGCGAGCCUGCUCAAGCAGUUCAUGGCCGACCGCGGCGUCUCGGUGCCCAACGACGACGAGCUCAGCGUCAAGUCGGGCUACGCCGACCGCCGCAUCCGCGAGCUCGAGGACGAGAUCGACGCGCGCACCCGCGAGGUCCAGGACGCCGAGCACCGCCUCCAGGACUCGGAGAGCCGCGUCGAGGAGCUCACCCGCGAGCUCGAGCACCAGGCGUCGCGGCGGGCGUCGCGCGUCGCGGGCGCCGACAGCGCCGCCCUCGCCGAGGCCCAGGAGCGCGCCACCCGCGCCGAAGACGAGCUCGCCGAGACGACGGCCUCGUACAAGGAGCGGAUGGCGCAGCUGGAAAACGACUACCAGACGGCGGUCCAGUUUGUCAAGGGCACCGAAAAGAUGCUGCGCAGGAUGAAGGACGAGCUGACAAAGAACAAGACGGAAAACGCCCAGCUCCAGUCCGAGGUGGCGGCGCUGCGCUCGGGCCAGCUCAACCCCGCCGAGGACGGCGGCGCCGCGGCGUCCGAGGAGGCGGCGCGCGACAUCGAGGCGCUGCGCCACCGCCUCGCCGACGUGACGCAGCAGAGCGAGGAGAUUGCCGCCGAGAACCGCGAGCUCGAGAGGCGCAUCGCCGCCCUCGGCAGCGGCGGCGGCAAGCCCUCGGCCGAGGCUACGGCCGCCCUCGGCCGCGACCUGACGCAGUCGAAGACCGCAAACGAGCAGCUCCGGCGCGAAAACGCCGCACUCAACGCAAAGUGCGCCGAGCUCGAGGACAAGUUCCAGCUCCUGCUCGGCAAGAUGGAGACGACCCACGGCGACGACGAGGCACAACGCGACUCGAUCAUGUACGGCUCGAUUACGUCGGAGCUCGACAAGUGGGAGCGCGACCGUUCGCUCGGUUCCGCCAUGGCGCAGCGCGAAGAGGGCGACGACGACGACGCCUUCGACGGCGAAACGACGGCGCGCUCCUGA